AUGCAACGUGCUACAAUUUCGGUGUUUUGUAUUGCCUUAGCGGUAGGUUUGACAACUGGAAGCCCUAUAUUUUACGAAAGCGCCAGGGUGUUGAAUAAGGUGGAGUUUUCGGAUAUCGGAGUCGACGGUGAUCGUAUCGAUCCUUUGAUCGAGGAAUCAGAGGAAGAGCUACGCAACAUCACCGUAAGCAGUCAUACGGAUAUUAGUGAAGUACGGAAAAACGAUUCAACAGAAAGUACCGAUACAGGCGAGCAGACGGAACCGGUGCUUAAAGUGACGGUUAUUUCAUCUAAUGGUUUGCCGGAUGAGGAAAUUACCGGUGCGCCGCACAUUUCAACGACCAAAACUAUAGAGGAAGCAUUAACUACUACUGAAACAACCACAAUUGUUACACCUGAGAAAACAACAGAGCACAUUGAUGCUAUGAUGCCUGAUUCAACUACACAAUUAAUGCCAAAGAUGUCAACGAAAGAUAUCCAACCAAAAGAAGAGACUGCAAAUGUGCAUGGUGAAACAGCGAUAACAACAAAUGUGGUUGACAAUGGUGAAACAUCGAUAACAACAAAUUUGGUUGACAAUGGUGAAACAUCUGAUGUUACAACAAUUUCUGCUACCGAGGAGGGACAACAUCCUGAAAAAGACAUAACAUCCACCAUUUACAAUGGAAAUGGUGAGACCUCUGAUGUUACUUCAAUUUCACCAACCGAGGAUGGCCAAAAUCUGCUUGAGAUAGAAACAACAUCAACAAUUUUGCCACCCACUUUACAACAAAAUACCGAUGAAGAAAAUGCUGGUACAGAAGAUUUAAAAGAGACUACUUUAAAGGAUUUUACAACGACCUUCAUAAUUAUGAGUGGUGCUGAGCAAACUACAACAACGGAGUUGUCUAUGGAAAGUGAUAUAGAAACAACAGAAUCCAUUGUAACUACUACGGACCAAACUGCAGAAACCAUGGUUGAUACUACAACUUCUAGGAAAGAUUCUGAAAGUUAUACAAUUAUUACGGAUAUAACAGUACCAACAACCGUGACAACAGACACAGACAGUGGAGAAUUUAUGACAACAGUUGGUGGUGGUGCUUCCACUUCUACUACAGAGUCGACAGUAGAAGCGUCAUCGGAAGAAAUGUUCGAUUCAACUGUUUUAGUAACUACUGAGACAAUCCCCGUAACUGAGUUUGUAAAAGAAACACAUUUGCCAGAUUCUACGACUGAAGAAAUGGUGUUGUCCACAGAACCGACAGAGAGUGCAACCGAAAGUACCGUAACGAUUGAAGUGAAUAUUACAGAAAGUGUCACAGCAGUGGAAACAACUACGGUUUAUUACAGUUCAGAGAUUGUAGAUCGUGAAACAUCAAUGGCUGUUUCCUCUCCCACCGUUGCUUUAACAGAAGAUAUUGCAGCAGAGAGUGAAACGGUAACAGAAAUUACAGAAACUGAAACCACUACAGUACUUCAAACCACGCUCCGAUCAUAUAGUUUUACAGAAAAUGAUAGCACUACAAUCACUGCUACCACAGACUCGAACAAUUCCGUUGGUGUUGAAGCAAUAGAUACAACUCAAUCAUAUUCUACAUCAGAGUUUAUAACUGUAACCGAAGCUACUGAAACGACUACAAGCUUUGUGGAAAUCAUUUCAUCUACCAGCAUUGCUUUCUCUGAAGAAUCAACAGUGAUUGUGACAAGUGCAUCAGCAGAAGAUACAACUUCUUCUACGUUUGAAAUCACUACAGAAGCGAUCAGCUUACAAACUAAUCAAGCAAAUGAAACAGAAACAGUAGUUUACGAUACAACACGAGCUGAAAGAGUUUCCGAGGAUAAUUUUCAACCAACAUCGACUAACGUGUAUGAUAUCUUAAGUACAGCAGGUGAAGCUGUGACAAGUAUAACCACCGAUAGCAGCAAUGGACAUAUGCUAACUACAAGUGAACCAGAAGCCCAAACAAGUUUAGAGUUCGCAACAACGGUAGGAAAAGAUCAUGAUAUGUUAACGACAACAUUUACAGAAGAAGCUGCACUGACUACAACAGAAGAAUCGGUAAGCAUAACAACUAUAAAUACGAUCUUUGCUGAAGUCGAAGAAGAAAUCGCCACUGGAUCAUCGGCUAGCAGAAGCGCAAAUACAGCAAAUGAAAAUGAAAUUACGCCGAUUCUGGUAAAAUCUACAAGUGCAGGAACGGAAGCAUCCAUUGAAGAAGCGUCGGUUAGUUUAACGGUAACAAGUACGUAUAACGACGUUUCACAACAGUAUACGGGAAAAGCAGCGAUAUCUUCUGAAACGGAACUGAUCGACACCAUGGAGACGUUCACUACGUUUUCUGCCGAAGAACAACCGUCUGCUGUGGCGUUGACAACAGAGACGUAUUUACCACCCAUGGCCCAUGAUGUUAAUGCAAGCGAUGAAUCUUUCAUUUCAUCUCAGUUGCUAACGCAAGAAUCCACAGACCAACAGUUGGAGAUAUCAUCUAGUGCAACGAUCACGAUCCUAGCGUUGGUCACUGCCUCACCAACACCUUCGACAACGGACAACGCACUUGGGUUGGACGAGCAUAAAAUUACUGAAAUCUUCUCAACAGAAUCAAGUUUCACGCCAUCGGUUAUACUAGAAGAGACGGAAGAAGUCAGUAAUGAAGCAGUGGUCACCUUACCUGCCAUAUCAGAGGAUUCAGAUUCAAAUGCACCCGGUACUACUUCGCCCCAACUUAAGCAAGAAUCAUCACUAAAUGCACUUACAACACCGAGCAUUGAAAGUGGGUCUAGCAGGCAUGGGCCAAACAUUGGUUUUUCUUUGGCAAUUUUCUCAUUGGUAACAUUGCUGUUCUAUCAUCCGGUGCGAUCUUGUACAAACAUUUGGCUUUAA